UAACAGUGGGCGUUAUGCUGGAUCAUAAAUAAAUAGAUUCUCAGUUUCGUCGGAGCCAGCCAGCCAGCCGGGGUUAGGAUACUAGUAAUUAUUAGUAAUUACUCCAUUUAUUUAGCAUAAUAUAGACGCUUGCCCGAACGAAACUCAGUCGGUACCCGCCACGUGUUCCCCUGCAUGGAAUCGACGGCCACACGCGUCACCUCACCCCACCGCCCUCACACACACACACACCAUUUUCUGCAACUGCAACAUCAUCAAUCCUAGCCCUAGCCCUGGCCCUGGCCCAGGCCAUCUCGAUCGAUCGCAUCUCCUCCGACGACUUCAACAAUAAUGGCCGAUCCACAAUUUCCGGCGAGGCGGCCUGCUUCCGCCUUCCUGCAGAACCUCCGAGACCACGCGCCGUCCUCGACCCAGCUCAUCGGCCUCGCCACGCUCGUAAUCGCCGGCGGCGUUUUACUUCUCCUCACCGGCCUGACACUCGCCGCCGCCGUCCUCGGUGUCGUGUUUUUCGGACCGUUGAUUCUCAUCUCCAGCCCAGUGUGGAUCCCCGUCGCCGCUCUGCUCUUCGUCGCCGUCGCUGGGAUUUUAUCGCUGGUAGGGUUGGCCGUGGCAGCGGUGGCGGUGGUUCUGUGGCUUUACAAGUAUUUUAGGGGAUUCCACCCGCCCGGUUCGGACCGGGUCGAUUACGCGAGAUCCCGGUUCGCUGACACGGCCGGUCACGUGAAGGAUUAUGCGAGAGAGUACGGUGGGUACUUGCAUCGAAAAGUCGCCAGGGAUGCCGCUCCGAGCGCUUGAUGAUUGGGAUUGUUUCUUGGGGGAGUCCCGGGACCUCAACUCCCGGAGGAAUCUCUACCGUUCAUAUAUAUAAUGUGGGGACUGGAUUUUAUUCUCCAAAACGGAUGGCCACGAAUAGAAUACCCAGAGGCACCCCACCCCUGAUGAUGUAUUAUAGCAAGUAGUAGUGUUGAAUGCCGCUGUGUCGUUACUUGUUUCUGUUUUAAUUUUAAGAAGUAAUAAACACUACUAAAAUAUACUCUCCA